AUGGCACACGACGGCACGAUAGACUCAACACCUCUCAUCCAACGUCCGAGCAUGGACGAAAACACUCAGAUUGACGAUUCAAGUGUCACACAGGGACUUGUGAGCAACCGCAUAUCAAACAUAGACACGCUGAUAGUUGCUGAGGUCGACACUGGAGUCGUGCAGAACAAAUUCUCAUGGUCCAAACUAUGGAAAUAUACAGGACCUGGUUUUCUGAUGUCCAUAGCUUACCUAGAUCCUGGUAAUUUAGAGGCCGAUCUACAAACUGGCGCAGUUGCCAAAUUUCAAUUGCUCUGGUUGCUCCUCUAUGCGCAUAUAGCGGGCCUACUAAUCCAGGUCCUCUCUGCCAGGGCCGGUGUUGUCACAGGCCAACAUCUUGCUCAACUAAUAAGUCGAUACUACCCACGCCCCGUCUCUAUCGCAUUAUAUUUAAUAGCUGAGAUAGCAAUUAUCGCAUCCGACAUUCAAGAAAUCGUCGGCACUGCUAUUGCGCUGCGCAUACUCUUUAAUAUUCCACUUUGGAUCGGCACGCUACUUACAGCAACCGAUACAUUUACAUUUAUGCUCCUUGCAAGUUAUGGUGUGAGAAAGUUAGAAAUUUUCUUCAUGGCUUUGAUUUCAAUCAUGGCUGUAUGUUUCUGGAUCGAGAUGUUUCAAUCGGAGCCAGACGUCGGUGAGAUUCUGGAAGGCAUUAUUAUACCAAGAGUUCCGAGUGCUGCUGUUGUUCAGGCUGUGGCUUUGAUUGGAGCUGUGAUCAUGCCUCAUAAUUUAUACCUUCACUCUGCCUUGGUGAUGACACGUAGAACAGAACGAACAUCUGAAGCCAAGAUUAAAGAAGCAAACUUUUAUUUCAGUAUUGAAUCUGGCAUAGCACUCGGUGUUUCCUACCUGAUCAAUCUAGCUCUAGUUGUAGUCUUUGGUAUGGUGUUCUAUACAUCUACUUCUGGCAAUGCACUCCCUGGACUAGCCGACGCCGCCGAUGCAUUGUAUAAGACACUCGGCGGUGGUGCUAAAUACCUUUGGGCUCUCGGUCUGCUUGCCGCCGGACAAAGUUCUACAAUGACUGGUACACUAGCAGGACAAUACGUUAUGGAAGGGUUCUUUGGGAAAAUAUUCAAAAAGUCCUGGCACAGACUGGCCAUCACUAGAGGGAUAGCGUUAGUGCCAUCGAUGCUUGUUGCAGUGUUGGCAGUGGACAAUUUCGAUACCAUGGGAGAACUGUUGAACGUACUGCAGAGUCUGUGCUUGCCUACUGCAUUGCUGCCCAUAUUGAAGAUUACCAGCUCGAGAAAGAUUAUGGGGGCUGCGUUUACGAACAAGAAAUUUUGGAAGUUUGCAACCUGGAUAAUUGCUAUUCUGCUGGUUGCCAUCAAUAUGUUCUUGUUCGUUAUCUAUCUUGAGGAAUUACCUUCGCAUCGAAUAAUUGGAUAUAUAUGUGCUAUAAUCUACUUUGCCUUUGUGUUUUAUCUUUCAAUCUUAUCAGUCGGUGAUCCUUAUGUUAGUGACGAUGUGGAUGCUGAUCUCGAAGGAUACAAGGCAAUUAGUACUACGACAGGCACGAGGGUUAUGAAUCCAUUUAUUACGGGUGAGGGAGAGGAAGAAGAAGACGACGAGCAACCAAAAAUCUAA